AUGUUCUGCAGCUCAUGCGAGAAGUAUUUAAACAUAUGCUCGCUGGUGUGCAGCUUCUGCGGGAAAAAGAAUGCUCUUAAAUUAGAGCCGAAAAGAUCGCUGCAAAAAAGCUACGCCAUGCAGACAACAAAAGAAAGACACAAGGGGGCAAAAAUCAAGGAAGAGUGCCCAGACUGCAAAUCUGAAUAUUUGUACUAUUAUACAAUGCAGCUGCGAUCGGCUGAUGAAGGGCAAACCGUUUUCUACGAGUGCGACUGUGGAUACAAAGCAAAACUCAACACAUAA